AUGUUGUUCAUUCUACUCCUACUACGUUUCACACUUGCCUCAAAUAUCGCUGCUUAUUGGGGUCAAAAUGCUGGUGGUAGCCAACAAAGUUUAGGAGACUAUUGCUCUCUGUCAAAGGCGGAAAUCAUCAUCUUAUCGUUUUUGAACAACUUCCCGACCCUUGGCUUGAAUUUUGCAAACCAAUGUUCUCAAACAUACAGCGAUGGUCUUUUGCAUUGUUCCCAAAUUGGCCAAGAUAUCAAAUCAUGUCAGAACCAAGGGAAAAUCAUUCUUCUUUCAUUGGGUGGUGCUACCGGUAAUUAUGGUUUUUCAAGUGACUCGGAAGCGCAACAGUUUGCUGGCACAUUGUGGAAUAAGUUUGGAGGUGGUCAAGAUAACGAGCGUCCGUUUGAUGAUGCUGUAGUUGAUGGGUUCGACUUUGAUAUUGAAAACAAAGAUCAGACUGGAUACCCUGCCUUGGCAAAACAAUUGCGGUCAUAUUUUUCAUCUGCAUCAAAAAAAUAUUACCUUUCAGCUGCUCCGCAAUGUCCUUACCCUGAUCAGUCUGUGGGAGACUUGAUGUCUCAAGUUGAUUUGGAUUUUGCAUUUAUUCAAUUCUACAACAACUAUUGCUCCAUUGAUAAGCAGUUUAAUUGGGAUACUUGGAGUCAGUAUGCAAGCGGGAAGAAUAUCAAAUUGUACUUGGGUAUUGCUGGAUCCCCUUCGUCGGCGGGGUCCGGCUAUGUGGAUUUAUCAUCAGUGCAAAAUACAAUCGCAAGUAUCAAGAGUGAUGCCUCGUUUGGAGGUGUAUCAGUUUGGGACAUUUCUUCAGCACCAGAGCAAUAUAUCGAUGGUAUUAGUGAAGCCUUGCAAGGAUCAUCCUCCGCCUCAGUUGCCAACAGCAAUACACAUUAUGCGCAAUCAACUAGUGCGUACUGGAGUGGAUCCACUACCAGCGCCGCUGCUGUUGCCACUGCAUAUACGCUGAUUGCCAAUUCAUAUACUACCAUCCAGCCAUCUCCGGCUACAUAUACCCCUGCUGCCACUUCAUCAUCAACUAAUGCAUUCUUGAAUUGGAUCAAUGGAUUCUUUUCAUCAACCAAAACGGCCUCCUCACAAGCCACUGCGGCAACGAUUACUCCCUCUGCCCCAGCUCCUACCACCACCAGCAACUGGUUCGAUGGACUAUUUACUCAGGAAGUCACCACGUAUGUCACGAUAACAACCACUGUUGCCCCCUCCAUAUUCAAAAGAGAUAUUAUUGUGGACUCAGAAGCCACCAACUUUCAACCGGGAUACCUCAUUGUUGUCACAUUUAUUUCUAUACUCUUUAUUAUCUAA